AUGCACAAUUUCGUCUUAAUCCAGAUAAAUGUGAAAUUGCUCGGACUGGAACAGAUUACCUUGGACAUAAUAUUAAAAAUGGUGAAAUACGCCCAAGUCCGCAUAAUAUUAAUGGAUUAUUAAAUACAAGAUUACCACAAACUGCAGAUGAAGCUUGCAAAUUUGUUAAAGCAGCCGAAUAUUAUAGAGAAUUUAUACCAAAUUUUUCUCAAAUCGCCGAACCACUUAGAAAAUUUGUUCCAACGACAAGAACUCAACAAAAGAAAGGACAAAAAACUAUGAUUACAUUAACAAAUGAAGAAAUCAAAGCGUUUAAAAAACUAAAAAAUUAUCUUACAACUGAUCUAGUGCUACGACUUCCAAAUAAUAGAUUCCCAUUUAAAAUGCAAACUGAUGCAUCUGAUGAGGGAAUCGGUGCAGUAUUAUUACAGAUUUAUCCAGAUGGUGAUAGACCUAUUGCAUGUCUUUCAAAGAAAUUUACUCAAGCACAACGCAAAUGGUCUCCAAUGGAACAAGAAUGUUAUGCAUUUGUAUGUACAUCAGAUAAAUGGCAUAAUUACUUAAGUAGAAUUAAAUUUACUUGGGAAGCUGAUCACAAAGUAUUAACACAAUUAAAUCAAAAAGCUCAAAUUAAUAAGCGGUGCAAAAGAUGGAGAUUAAAAAUUUUAGAAUAUGAUUUCAAAGUGAAAUGCAUUCCAGGUUUAACAAAUUCACCUAUCAUAGCCGUUGUUGAAACUCGUGCUAUGAGAUUACGAAACAAAACUUCAAAUGACAUUUCAAAUACCACAAAAUUAACAUCAGAUUCUCUAAUUACUUUUAUUGAAGAGAAUCGCACAACUCCAUUUUCAAUUGAAGAAUUAAUUCAAGCUCAACAAAAUGAUGAUCAUGCAAAAAAUAUUUUAAACAAUAUGAAGAAAUAUAAAAAUUAUAUUAUAAAAGCUUGUUAG